GUGGAUGAAGGGCCUGUGUCCUCAGCCUGUGUUUGACAUUAACCUGUUAAGUGAUCUCGGGCUGGCCGCUCCCUCCUCUGUUUCUGUGCUUGUAAAAUGAGAGGAUUGAAUUUAGUGAUCUCUGCGACUUCCCGAGACUUGAUGUUGGACAGUUUGCGAUGACUGAAAGCCUUUAGGGUGCUGACAGCGGAGAGGCCUGAGCCCGGCUGCGUGUGAAGGGUAACAGCAGCUGACUGGCUCUGACCACCCCUCGGGGCCCAGCCCUCUGCCUCAACCUCCUGCCCCAAGCGCCCUCCAGUCCAGGGGAAGAGCUGGGUGGUUCUCCUUCCUGGGCAGCAGCAAGGGUUUUAAGGGACGGUAAGGGGCCGGUGAUCCAUGAGCAGGUAGCUCUGGGCCCCUCUCCAGACUCAACCAACUUGAACCUGUCUCCCCCUCCCUCCCUGCUACCACCCCCUUGUCCUCCUCAGCACACUGGAAUCAUGGCUUCUUCAAAGCCCCGAGACCCCGCGGAUGAGGUUUUUGACCUGGACUUGGCUGUGCCAGAGACUGCCAGACUGGACAGCAGUUUACACAAGGCCCGGGCCCAGCUACUGGUGAAGGGCAGGAGACACCGGCCCUCCCGCUCCAGGCUUCGGGACAGCGCCAGCUCUGCUGAGGAUGGCGAAGGCUCCGAUGGGCCCGGAGGCAAGGCGGCCGACGGCUGUGGGAGCCCUCUGCACCGGCUGCGCUCACCUCUGCACUCCGGCCCGGGCUCCCCGGCUGGAGGCUCUUUCUGCCUGGAGCCUCUCAGAGAGGUCAUGCUGUGUAUCCCAGGUCACGCCGCUAGUGAAGAACAGCCAGGCUGCCCAAUUCUAAGUCAAGAGAAUUCCUCUUCCCCGGUCCCCCAGCAAGCCACCACUCGGGGUAUUUCCUUCCCUCUCUCCCCCGAAGAUGACAGCCGGGACGCCAGCCCUCCCGAGCCCGCCAGCCCCACCAUCAGCCUGGAUAAGAAGACUCGCCGAAAGUUCCUGGACCUGGGGGUCACCCUCCGCCGGGCAUCCACUGGCAAGAGCCGGAAGGAGAAGGGCAGCAACCGUCUGUCCAUGGGCAGCAGGGAGGCAGUGGAGGGCUCCGGCAGGUCAGGGGGUUCCCCGUUCCUGCCCUUUUCCUGGUUCACGGACAGUGGCAAAGGCUCGGCAUCCUCAGGCAGCACCACCUCCCCGGCCUGCUCCCCAAAACAUGAGGGCUUCAGCCCUAAGAAGUCAGCCUCCCAGGAAUCCACCCUGAGUGAUGACUCCACGCCACCUAGCAGCAGCCCCAAGAUCCCGAGCGGCCCUCGGGAGGAAGUCAAGUGCUCCUACCCCUACCACACCCUGUCCCAGUCUUCAGAUGAGUUCCUGGAUGAGCCCCUCCCCGCCGUCCAGCACUGGACCAGCCAGCAGGUGGGCCAGUGGCUGCAGAGCCUCAGUCUGGAGCAGUAUGCUGCCAAGUUUGCUGCCCGGCAGGUGGACGGGCCGCAGCUGCUGCAGCUGGAUGGAAGCAAACUGAAGAGCCUGGGCCUCAGCAACGCGCACGACCGGGCACUGGUGAAGCGGAAGCUGAAGGAGCUGGCGGCAGCCGCGGAGAAGGAGCGCAAGGCGCAGGAGAAGGCCGCCCGGCAGCGGGACAAGCUCCGUCGGCGUGAGCAGGAGGCCAAGAAGAGCUAGGGGCGGGCAGGGCGCACAGCACUGGGCACAGCAGCCCGGCUCGGCUCAGUGGGCACAGGCCUCACCAGGGAGGCUGGGCCUGUGCCAGGCAUGGGCUGGCCUGGCCCACGCUCUUGGGGCACUCGCCCCUCUCCCUGCCUGGACCCAGAGUCUCCGGGAGGGAGGCCCCAGGGAGAGGUCCCCAAAUAAACCCGAUUUCCAGGACUUGCUUGGCACAGAGUUCCUGGGGGAGGCAGAGGAGGAGAAGAGGCACAGAGGCCCAGGCCGAAGCAAGUCCAGGUGCCCGUGGGUCCAGCUGACCCUCUGCCUCCGGCCAGGGUGUUGCUGGGCUGGAAAUGAGCUAGAGUGCUCGCCUGCCUGUCCCCUAGGGGUCUUGUGACAGGCCAGGGGCCCGCAGGCUCCAAAAAGGCGGGGCAUCUUGGCCGAGGUAGGUGAUGGAGCUGUAUCCCUCUGCAGUGGCUGCGGGGGUCCAGUGGGCGUUGCAGCAAGUCACACUCAGGGUAGACUCCCAACCAGCUCCUCCACAGGGUGGCAGAGAGCAGCAAGCGGGAAGCGCAGCCCCUGAGGGGACUUCAGAGGAGGACAGGAGGCCGCCCACCCUCUCCUGGUCCUGUGGGUCACUGCGGGUGGGAUGGUGCCCACCCAGGUCUGCCCUCCUGAAGGGCUGUUCAGCACUGGGCGCUCUCCAAGCCAGGUCCUGCUUCUGCUCCCUCAGAGUGCACCUGAGCCCUCUCUGGGAUACAGCAAAUGGGCGAGCUGGAGGGACAGAAGGGUCCCCUCCCCACCAGGGCCUGGGUGGGGCCGAGUCUUCACCCCAGCCAGGCAGAGGCAAAAUCUGGGGUGUCGCCUAGAAGCUCAUCAGCUGUCCCCCAUCUGCCCAGGCCACUGCUGAGCCUCAGGGCGGGCUCUGGCUCCCGAGCAGUGGGGAGAAUUGACCAGCAGCCUGGGGAUGGCGUCUGUCCUUCGUAGGAGAUGGCCAGAGACAGAGGCCAGGGCCAUGCUGACCAGCUGCUAGCUCCACUUCCGGGGACACUGGUCAGUCACUGGUGGGGCCCAAGGGCUUCUGAUAGCAACUCGCCCCUCCCACACGCUGGAACAGUGGACAGCAGCAAUGCAUGCAGACACCCUCCUUCCUGCCAGGGCUGUGGCUUAGGGCCAGCUCCGUCCCUGAGACCAGCUCCUUCUUCCCCUGGGCCAUCCGUGCAGAGGGGGACUUCGGAGGGACAUUAGAUUCGGAGCAUGGCACCACUGGGCCCGGUGGGGAGGGUGGUCAGGAGCCACAGUGGGUGCCCACCUGCAUGUGGGGGGAGGCAGUCCUCAAUUUCUCUCAAUAAACACGCUGUG